CCUCUGCGCCCGCCCUAGCUAGUAGCUAGGUAACUCGACACUUUGGCAACUCACUCUCAAGUCUCAGCUCUCAACAAUCGCAUUUUCCAGCUAUGGCGUUUUCCGCAGCCGCCAAACGCCUCUCUAUCACCACGAAGCACCUUUCCACUAUUGCUCCGCGCCGUUACCACUCUCUCUCCCCCUUCAAAUCUCCUUCUUUCGCACAAUCUCAGCGCUCAGAAUCGAACUCGCUUCUCUCGCAUUUCACCUUUCUCAGAGGCUUCAGCGUCUCCGCCUCCGACCAAAUGAACCUCAUCAAGCAACUCAGAGAACGAACCAGCGCUCCCAUCAAAGACGUCAAAGCCGCACUCGUCGAUUCUGAUUGGAACAUUGAGGAGGCUCAGAAGGAACUGAGGAAGAAGGGAAAGGUUUUGGCCUCGAAGAAAUCGUCUCGGACCGCAGCUGAAGGGUUGCUUGCCCUUGCUCAAAACGACUCCAAGGCCGCACUGAUUGAACUCAACUGCGAGACUGACUUUGUUGCGAGGAAUGAGAUUUUUCAGCAUUUGGCAUUGUCUUUGGCAAAGAAAGCUUUGCUGGUCGAAAACACUUCCCCACUGGUUUCUGGUGCCUUUCAGGUUGGACCCGGGUCUUUGGAGGAGAUGACAUUGAAUCUUGAGCAUCCCAAAAUCAAUGGAGAAACAAGUGUUCACAAUGCAAUUACGGAAGUAGCUGCAAUGAUGGGGGAAAAUGUUAAACUUCGAAGAGGUUAUGUGAUGCCUGCACCAUCUCAGGGUAUUAUAUCUACAUAUCUCCAUACCAGUCCCCAACCAGGUUUGGGUCGCAUUGCUGGUGUUUUGUCUCUUGAAGUAGAUGAGGGUAAAACACAAAUGGAUGCUAUUCAACGUGUUGGAUCAGAAUUGGCCAUGCAUGUAGUGGCAGCGAAACCAUUAUUCUUAACAAAAGAACUUGUGUCCUUGGAUGCAUUAGAAAAUGAACGAGAAGUUCUUAAAUCUCAGGCUGAAGCCUCUGGUAAGUCCCAAAUGGCCAUAGAAAAAAUGGUAGAAGGACGGUUACGCAAGUACUUUGAGGAAGUUGUGCUGAUGGAGCAAAAGUUUAUUGUGAAUGAUACAAUGAAUGUUAAGACGGUGUUGGAUAAUCUAUCCAAGGAGGUGGGUUCACCUGUGAGGGUUGUGAGCUUUCUCAGAAUGGAAGUUGGGGAAGGAAUUGCAAGGCAAGAAACAGAUUCAUCUGAGCCUGUUGCUCAAGCUGCCUAAUUCAAGAUGAUGCAUCUGGUUUGUUGUUACGGUGUUUACCCUCUAGCUGAUCAUGUUUUGUGCAUGCUCAUCCAACCAUUUGUCUUCCAUGUGUUAAUCCAGGGAAGUUCCAAGAAUGUUCCAUCUGUUGAAAAUUUUGCUCCACAGUGGAAAACUUCAGUGGGUUUCAUAAGAACUUAAGAUUGUAUAAGUAUAUUCUGAAAUUCUAGUGCACUCUGCUGAUCUAUAAUCCGUAAAGGCCAAGUAAGAAAGCGUAGUUAAACCACAUUGGUACCAUUUUCAAAUUACGAAGUUUUGUUUGUGUAUCCUUAGUUGAGCUUCUUAAUUUAAGAUACAAAGCUUACUAAUAAAUUGAUAUGUUGAGCUACUCUCUAGAUUGAACCAAAAGGCAAAAGCUUCUUUAGAAGCAGACUUAGUUUAGUUUAUAUCUUUAUAUGAAGUAAUAUAACUAUACAAGGUUUCAACUU